ACUCUAAAACAAAGCGUGGCGUCGCUUGGCGCUGGAAAUUUGAAGGUAACGUCCGAAAAGAGAGAUCGAUUUGUGCUCCAAAACAAGCUGAAAACACACUAAGGACCUCAAUAAAGUGGUAAAAGACAGCAAAAAAUAUGAAGGCAGUACCCCGUACGCCGAUGCGCGUCGUCCCAAAAACACCGCGGCCACCAAAAACUACGGAGAAACAGCGGCAAAACACCUCCGAUAAGGCCCGGGAUCCCGUGAACGUGUUCUGCCGGGUGCGACCACUCCAAUCCGAUGCGGAUCUCACCUCUCUGCGGGUGAAGAACUCCACAACGAUCGCCCUGAGUCCGCAGGAUCAGCUGCUGCAGCACCACAAGCAGCACAAUGGCGCCCAGCGGGAGAUUCAGUACAUCUUCAAGCACGUCUUUCAGCCGGAAGCCACGCAGCAGGAUGUGUACGUGUCGGUGGCCCAGCCACUGGUGGAGAAUCUGCUCAAGGGCCGGGACAGCCUGCUCUUCACAUACGGAGUGACUGGCAGCGGCAAGACGUACACUAUGACCGGGAAUCUGCGCCAUCGGGGCAUUCUGCCGCGCUGCCUGGACGUGCUCUUUCGCACCAUCUCCGAUUAUCAGGCCAAGAAGUUUGUCUUCCUGCCGGAGAAGCCAAACGGCUUCGAAAUCCUGUCCGAGGAGGAUGCCCUGCUGGAGCGCCAGAAGGAGAUGAAUCAGCGCUUUGCAGGCGCCGGUCGGUUUGCCUUCCGUCACAAGGAUUCCGAUCCGGAGAUAGCAUCUCAGGCCUCCGUGGAGCCAGUGCCGUUGCUGGGUUUGGAUGAGGACAACAUGUACUCGGUGUUUGUCACCUACACUGAGAUUUACAACAAUAGCGUUUACGAUUUGCUAGAGGAUACGGGCAGACAGGAGACUUUGCAGAGCAAAAUCAUUCGCGAGGAUGCCAACCGUCGCAUGUUCGUCCAUGGCGUCACUGAGGUGGAGGUCAAGACAGUGGAGGAGGCCCUAGAGGUCUUCCAAAUGGGCCAGAAGCGCAAGCGCAUGGGGCACACUGUUUUGAAUGCCGAAUCCAGUCGUAGCCACUCGGUGUUCAACAUUCGCUUGGUCCAGGCGCCCAUCGAUAGCCAGGGUGAGAAUGUGGUCCAGGACAGUCGGAACAUAACAGUGAGCCAGCUGUCCCUGGUGGAUUUGGCGGGCAGUGAGCGCUCCUCGCACAAAAACACUGGCGUGCGACUUAAUGAGGCGGGCAAGAUCAACAACUCAUUGAUGACGCUGCGCACUUGCCUGGAAUAUCUGCGCGAGAACCAGCUUGCAGCGGCCAGUGGUUUGCCACCCAAGAAGAUUCCCUAUCGCGAGUCCAAGAUCACACACAUAUUCAAGAGCUACUUCGAUGGCGAGGGACAGGUGUCCAUGAUUGUGUGCAUCAACCCGAGAAUCGAGGACUAUGAUGAGAAUAUUCAAGUGAUGAAGUUUGCCGAGAUGACCCAGGAGGUGCAGAUAGCCAGAGCCACACCCAUGAAACAAGACUUGGGUCUGACUCCUGGCCGUCGCAAGGCCAACAAGCUGUUCAAGAUUGCCAUUAACAAUCUGAACGAGCUGGGCAUUCCCGAGGCCAAGGACUUGGAGGUGGAUGUUGGACUGGUGUACAGUUUGGGACCCGACUUUCCCGCCUAUCAAAUGGACAGUCCCGAGGCGGAGGUCAAGAUCCGGGAGUUGAUGUACUAUCUGGAGCAGCGCAUUGAGAAGCGCAAGAAGCUGCGCGCCAAUAUGGACAUUAAGUGUGACAGCUUUCGGCAGAUGCUGAUGAACCUGGACCGCGACAAUCUACAGCUUCGCACUGAGCUCGCCUCCUUGAAGGCUGUGUACAAACAGGAGCGCGAUCGCAGCGCUGCCCUCGAGAAAAAGGUGCGCAUCCACGAGAGCUCCAUCGACGUGCUUAACAACACGUUGAGCAAGCGGGAACGACAGAUCGAGGAGCUGACCUUCAAGCUCAACGAGAAGGAGAACAUGCUGACCCAGAAGGAGCACGAGAAGGAGAAGCAAAAGAAGAAGUUUAGCUCCAAGUUGGCCGUCGAAUCGGACAAAAACAAGCGCGAGUUCGAGCUUAAGUUGCGGGAGCAGCGAACAAAACUGCAGGAACGCAUGCGCAUCAAGGACGAGAAGCUGCGCCUGGUCUCCAACAUUCUGCAGUCCGAGGAUCUGCCUAGUUUGCCGCGUUCCCAGAGCUCGGAGGAUAUACUGAACGAUAAGGAACGCGGGGCAUUCACAGUGCGAACAGAGACAUCAUCAGUGCCGGCUACACGAACAGAUAUUUACGCCACACCUCGUCAUGGAGCAGCUGCGGCCAACAACCGUCAUAGACGCUCUCGUUCUGCCGGCGACAAGUGGCUGGAGCACCGGGCCGCCAAUCCCGUGCCACUGGGAACCAUCAUGCAGCCGUACCUGAAGAAUCGCAAAUCGGUGACCAAACUGACGGACAUGAAGGAGCUAACCGCCCACGGAGCCAACAAGUAUUGCCUCGUCUCGCAGGAUGCGGAUACGGAUGGCGAUGUGGAGACCAAGCUGUACAAGGGCAACGUGAUCCCCACCUGCGGCGGCGGUGCCCAGGUGGUGUUCAACGAUGUGGAGUGCCUGAAGCAGAAGUCGCCGGUACACUCGCCCACGCGAAAGCGACCCAGCAAUGGCACCAUCUCCGCUCUGGGAGGCGGUGUAGUGCCCAGCACGGUCACCUCCGUCCAGGAUGUGGCCUCGCGCUGCAAUCUCGGCAUCGAGGGACACAGCAGCAAGAAGUCAAAGAUCUAGGGAGAAUAGUUUUGACACUACGUUGAAUUCUUAAAGUCAAAUACCCAAUUAGCGUAUAGUUAUUUAGUUUCACUAACUUAAAUUUAAGUUUAUUAUCCAUUAUGGUUUUGGAGUUGAAUCGCAUUGAAGUGAUUUAUUUGAUUAAAGACAAGUUAAUCUGUAUAAA